UGCUGUGACAGCUGUGUGUGUGCGGAUGUGAAACAACUGAGGUCGGGAUGAGACGUUCUGCAAGAAUACUCAAGAUAUAACAUGUUUUUUUUAAUAUAUGUCUUAACUUAUAAGUAUGCAGUGACUAUAUCAUCUUAGGUUCCAUUUAAAUCGACUCUUUGCCCUCUGGUAGUUCCCAGCCGACGAUAUGGAGACUCUGAUUCCUGUCAUAAACCGGCUACAGGAGGUUUUCCUCACCGUCGGCGCUGAGAGCAUUCAACUGCCCCAGAUUGUGGUGGUUGGAUCCCAGAGCAGUGGAAAGAGCUCUGUGCUGGAGAGCCUGGUAGGGCGUGACUUUUUGCCCCGGGGGUCAGGCAUUGUCACACGGCGCCCCCUGGUGUUACAGCUGGUGCAUGUGCCCCCCCUUGAGGAGAGGGGGAAGCAGGAUAACGGAAACGGGCCAAAACAAAACUCCCAAAACGCCUACCCAGGUAUCAAGGCAGAGGAGUGGGGAACCUUCCUUCACUGUAAAAACCAGAUAUUCACAGAUUUCUCAGAAAUUUGCAAGGAGAUAGAGUUGGAAACUGACCGUGGCACUGGAGAAAACAAGGGCAUCAGUCCAGAGCCCAUCUACCUGAAGAUCUAUUCCCCAAAUGUCCUCAACCUCACUCUUGUAGACCUGCCAGGAAUCACCAAGGUGCCGGUCGGUGAUCAGCCAGAGGACAUUGAGGCGCAGGUGCAGGAGAUGAUCAUCAGCUUCAUCUCCAACCCCAACUCCCUCAUCCUUUGCGUGUCGCCCGCCAACUCCGACCUCGCCACUUCAGAGGGGCUCAAGCUGGCUCGCGAGGUUGACCCAGAAGGCCGCAGGACUCUGCUAGUGGUCAGUAAGCUGGACCUGAUGGAUGCUGGCACCGAUGCUUUGGAGGUGCUUCUGGGUCGAGUCAUUCCAGUGCGCCUGGGGAUUGUUGGUGUGGUGAACAGGAGCCAACACGACCUGAACACCAAGAAGAGCCUGGACGACUGUGCCAAGGACGAGCAGGCCUUCCUGCAACGCCACUACCCGUCGCUGGCAUCGCGCUGCGGCUCACGCUACCUGGCGCGCACGCUCAGCCGCCUGCUCAUGCACCACAUCCGAGACUGCCUGCCAGAGUUGAAGACGCGCGUGACGGUGCUCAGUGCCCAGUACCAGACGCGGCUGAGCGGCUACGGGCAGCCCGUGGAGGACCACAGCGCCACGCUGCUGCAGAUCGUCACCAAGUUCGCCUCCGACUACUGCAACACCAUCGAGGGCACGGCGCGCUACAUCCAGACCUCCGAGCUCUGUGGGGGAGCCCGUAUCUGCUACAUCUUCCAUGAGACCUUUGGCCGCACACUGCAGUCCAUCGACCCCCUGGGUGGCCUGUCGGAACUUGAUAUCCUCACAGCCAUACGCAAUGCAACGGGGCCGCGUCCAGCGCUGUUUGUGCCGGAGGUGUCGUUUGAGCUGCUGGUGAAGAAGCAGAUUAAGCGUCUGGAGGAGCCCAGCCUGCGCUGUGUGGAGCUGGUGCACGAGGAGAUGCAGAGGAUCAUCCAGCACUGCUCUUCCUUUAGCACACAGGAGCUGCUGCGGUUUCCUAAGCUGCACGACUCGAUCGUGGAGGUUGUGACUGGCCUGCUGAGGAAGCGGCUGCCCGUCACUAAUGAAAUGGUUCACAACCUGGUGGCUAUCGAGCUGGCGUACAUCAACACUAAGCACCCUGACUUCACCGACGCGGCACAGGUGUCGGCAUCCGUCAACAGCCAGCAGACGGAGCCAAUGGAUGGGGGGAAGCGCUGGAAGAAUGAGAAGGAAGAGAAGGCCCCUUCCUCUGCCUUCAGCAGCCCCAGCAGAGCGGUCAACCUGCUGGACAACGCGGUGCCCAUCACACGUAAGCUAACCGCUCGAGAGCAGCGCGACUGCGAAGUCAUCCAGAGGCUGAUCAAGUGCUACUUCCUCAUCGUGCGCAAGAACAUCCAGGACAGCGUGCCGAAGACGGUCAUGCACUUUCUGGUGAACCAUGUGAAGGAGCGUCUGCAGAGCGAACUGGUGGGUCCAGCUGCCACAAAAAAGCUGCAUGCUGCAGAACCUCCUUCCAGCAGAGUCUCAAGGACGUACUGCUUCCUUUUGUGGUAG